AGUCGCUAUCCCCGUGCGUCCUCGGCUACGUCACGCUUUACCGCACCGGCCACCCCCCGCCCUCUACACGCUCGCCUCGGCACCCAACCCCCUCAGGCGCCUUCCUCGGUUCCUCCAUUCCUCCACCGCCUCCUCCGUCCCGUCCCGUCACGGCACCCAAACCCUAGAUCCUCGCCCCAUGUCAAAGCCCUGGGGCGGCCUCGGCGGCGCCGGCGCAUGGGCGCUGGACGCCGAGCGCGCCGAGGAAGAGGAGCGCGAGACCGCCGCGGCCCUCCCUGCCCCCGAGCCCCCCGCCGCCAGCUUCCCCAGCCUCCGGGAGGUCGCGGCGGUGGGCGGGACCGGCAAGUCCAAGAAGAAGAAGGGCACCACGCUUUCGCUGUCCGAGUUCGCCACUUACGGCCCCGGUGGUGCCCCGGCGCGCCGGGCAGCCGCCGCCGCGGAGCCCAAGGGGCUCACCACCGCGGAGAUGAUGAUGCUGCCCACCGGGCCGAGGGAGCGGUCCGAGGACGAGCUCGAUCGCUCCCGCACCGGUGGCGGGUUCCGCUCCUACGGCUCCGGGUAUGGCGGCGCGGGGGAGCGCCGCGGAGGCGGCUUCGACGACGACGGCCGUCGCGGGCCGCCUGGCAGGGAGUCGGAUCUCGACAUGCCGUCCCGAGCUGACGAGGAUCGCGACUGGUCGAUGAAUAAGAAGCCCUUCUCGUCGUCGCCGGCCGACUCUGGCCCCCGGAGUCGGUACGGAUCCCUCGGGGGCGGCGCGGCUGACGGCCGCGCCGAUGACGACGGCGACUGGUCGCGUGGGAAGAAGCCGCUGGCUUCCCGCUACCCGAGCCUCGGCUCUGGCGGUGGCUUCCGCGACUCACCUGCAUCGACCGACUCCGACCGCUGGUCCCGUGCCACGCCGCAGCCGAACAAUGGUGAGCGCGAGAGGCCACGUAUUGUGCUUGAUCCGCCCAAGCGUGACUCCUCGACCACCCCGAUGCCACCUGCCGAGGCCGGACGCAGCAGGCCGAGCCCAUUUGGGGCUGCAAGGCCCCGAGAGGACGUGCUUACGGAGAAAGGGCUAGACUGGAGGAAGAUGGAGACCGAGAUCGAUGAGAAGAAGAGUAGUCGUCCCACCAGCUCGCAAUCGAGCAGGCCAGGCAGUGCCCACUCUUCACGACCUGGGAGCCCUGGGUCACAAGUAUCAGCUGUGGGAACUGAAGGGGCACCAAAGCCACGGCCAAAGGUGAAUCCUUUCGGGAAUGCAAAGCCAAGGGAGGUCAUUCUGCAGGAGAAAGGGAAAGACUGGAGGAAGAUUGACCUUGAGUUGGAGCAUCGUCGUAUUGAUAGGCCAGAGACAAAUGAAGAGAGGGUGUUGAAAGAAGAGAUCAACCUACUUAAGGUGGACCUAAAAGAAACUGAAGGAAAUAAUAAUGACGAACAUGCAAAUCGUUUGUCUGAGAAGAUAUCUCAGAUGCAAAGGGAUCUAGAGCUACUCACAACGGAGUUGGAUGAUAAGAUUCGGUUUGGGCAAAGACCUGGUUCUGGAGCUGGCAGGGUUGCCGCACCAGCACCAACUAAUUUAGCCGAGGCAGCUCAAGUUACAGAUUCAAUGGGAAGGCCACGGUCCCAUGGGGGUAUAGAGCAACAUCCAAAACCAAUGGAAGAAAGAUGGGGAUUUCAGGGGAGCAGAGAGAGAAGUUCUUUUGUUGGCAACAGAAGUUCAGACAGGAUGCCAACAGGGCAGAGAUGGUGAAGCGCUGGCUUUGGGCACUUCAUUUCUUCGUUCGUUUUUUCUGUAGGUUAAACAAUUGGGCAAAUAAAAUGUUAACGAUUUUAUUUCUGCUUGACUCCAAUUUUGUUUGCUUGGAAGAGUGGAGAAGAUCAUGGACAAAUAAUAGUCCAAGCUAAAUUUAUCACCACCUAUAAGCCUGUAAGGUGGCACCUGUGUUUAUUUUUCUUCUCAUUAUCUAUUUUCCCCUCUUCCAUGUCGAAACAAGUGUAACCAACCUUUGAUACACUAACUAUUGUUCUUCAUGCAUAACCAUGUUUAAGAUUCUUGUUAUUUUCCCAA